AUGUUUCUUUCUAUAUCAUUGGUGUCAUUCCUUGUUGUCCCUGUUUGUGCUUUAAUAGCCACAUUGGUCUUUUCUUAUGGUUAUAGAUCUGAUAGAAGAAGAUGCAAUAAAUGAGAAAUGUUGCAUACAAGUGUUGAAGAUAUUAAUAACAAAGGCAGAUACUGAAAUUGAUGAACUUGAAAAAGAUUUGGUGGCUCUUCAAAGUGAACUAGCCUGGGCUGAACAUGAAGAAUGGUCUGAAAUAUGCGGUAGUGCUUUGAGAGAAAAGAUUGUUUGGCUUGACAUUUCUACAAGGAAUUUGAGAAGUAUAGAUGAGAAUAAUAAUGACAUCCAGUUACUAAUGCAUAGAGAACCUGCAGACAAUAUACACGACAUAGUGAAGGCUCUUCUGAGAACAUACUUCCCGGAGAAAGAUGAGCAGCGGACUCCAGAAGUCAUUGCCUUAAACUCAAGCUCAGAUUCCUCACUACAUGAUACUGGACUUUUGGAUGGGCACAAAGACUUGAAUAAAUCUGACUCACAUAGUGUUGUAAAGGAGGAACGUGGUGAAAUUGGCAUUACUAAGGGAGAAAGAUGUACAAGUACGACUUUGAAGUUUCAAGAAAAGAAAACAAAUGACUCCAAAACAAUUAAGCCUGCAAAUACUAAUAUCAUGGAUUCCAGCCCAGAUUCUUUAAGACUUGCAGCUGACUACUAUGACAAAAAGAAAACAUCAAGCAAGAGUAAUUCAAAAAGCACUCAGCAAUGGGAGGCCAAAGGACAAGGUCUUACUUGUGAGGAAAAUAAAACAUCAACCAUGAUGUUUAAGAAUGAAAAGCCUGCAAAUACUAAUAUCAUGUAUUCCAGCCCAGAUUCUUUGAGACUUGCAGCUGGCUACUCUGACAAGAAGAAAAUAUUAGAUUCAGAACAUGCAAGGCAGUGGGUGGCCGAAGGACAAGAUCUUGCUCCUGUGGAAAAGAAAGCAUCAACCGUGACUUUUAACAGUCAACAGCCUGCAAAUAUUGAUGUCAUGAAUUUGAGCUCAGAUUCUUUGAGACUUGCAGCUGGAUACUGCGACAAGAAGAAAACAACAUAUUCAGAAAGCACUACGCACUGGGAGCCCAAAGGACAAGGUCUUGCUCCAGACGAAAAGAAAAUUAUUCAAGAUGCAUCUAUGUUCCAUAAAGAGAGGAGUAUGCAAAAUUUAGAAGUUGAGCAUGCUACUAUCAAAGAUUCAAGUACAAGUAUCAGCUGCCCUGAUGAGAAUGACAUAUUGAAUUUUGUUUAUUCGGAAAGCAUUGAUGAGAAGGUGGAUGAAUACAGUUCAAUACCUAUGGCAGAUAUUACAGGUUCACUAUCGAGGCCUGAUGGAUUUGGAAGAGAUUUUGGUAAAACGGUUGAGUUUCAAAUUGAACUGCCUGAAGAUGCUAGUGUCAAAUAUUUCAGCUCAGAUUCUCUUAAAUAUGCAAAUGGCUGUUCCAGUGGGAUGAAAAAUUCAUGCCUGCCUCUUUUGGUAGAAAAUGGAUAUGAGGAAGUAAGGAAACAGCCUUCUACUUCCACAGACAAAAAUCAAAUGUUGAGUUUAUCUUUAAAUCCUGAAUCAACCCUUGAAAAAACCGAAAAGCAUAUUGCUAUGAAAAAUUCAAGUACAAGUGUCAUCUGCCCUGAAGAGAAGAUCAAAUUGAAAAUUUCUGAUUCAGUAAUUAUGAAUGAGAUGGUUGAAGAACAUGCUUCAAUGCCUGUGGCAGAUAAUAUAGGUCCAUCAUUGAGGCCUGAUGGACCUGGAACAGAUGUUAAACUGGUUGAGCUUGUUACUAAAGAAACUUCAAGUACAAGUGUCAGCUGUCCUGAUGAGAAGAACAAAUUGAAAAACUCUGAUUCAAAAAUCAUGAGUGAGAAGGUGGGAGAACACACUUCAAUACCUAUGGUAAAUAUUGUAGGUUCAUCAAGGCGUGAUAAAUGUGGAACAGAUGUUGAUAGAACAGUUGAGUCAGCAGAUGGUGUUGUGAAAUAUUUCAGCUCAGAUUCUCUUAAAUACGCAAAGGGCUGGUCGAAUGAGAUGAAAAAUUCUCGAUUGAUUGAAAAAGGAUAUGAGGAAGGAGGGAAAGCAACCCAUCAAAAAAUAGAAAAGGAGCCUGCAAAUGCUCUUGUUAAGUAUAUGAGUCCAAAUUCUUGGAGACAAUCUGCUGGCAUCAACAAGAGGACUGAAAGUUCUGAAUCCAGAUUAUGUGCUUCAAGACAGGGAAAAAAUGAAAAAUCUGAUGUAGAGCAAAAGCUAAUUGACUUUGUUCCUAAAACUGCACAGAAAGUGGGCAUCAAAGAAUCCAAGGUUAUUCUUGCUAACAAGACAGUAUGUUCUAAUACAUGUUUAAAGGCUGCCGGGGAUGUCAGUAAUAAUCUACAAAUAGUCAAGUUUCAAGAAGGUGGUCUCACUGACCUUGGACAUUUUGCUUUGCCUUCAAAAGAUCAGAUGGGUGAAGAUACAGCCAAGCCUAAGUUAAAUGAUGUAGGAAAACCAGCAGAAGAAUCUCAAAAGGCUAAUGCUGACCUUCACAAGAAACCCCGUGUGAACUUGGGUUUGGAACCACAAAAGCCAAAGACACAGAGGAAAUCACCAUUCAGUAUGAAGAAUGCCCAAGAGCCAAGUUUUCCUCCUACAGAUACAUCGUUCAUUCCACAUUCCAAAAAGGAAAGAAAAUCAAUAAUUGAUGAUGACAACACCAGUUUAAAGCAGUUUUUAAGUUUGAUGCACUUGAAAAAAUCAGUUCACACCACCAAAGUUUCAGCUUCACAGUCACAAAAGAAGAGGAAAAGGACUUCAACUUUAUCACUUACUGCAGAGGUUAAAGAUUUGCCUGUAGAUUUGGGUUUGCAAGAUUCACACAAGGAUGCAACAGAUGGUGGGAGUAAGAAAGAUCUUCAGAUUGUAGUCUAUGAAAAAACGGAAGAUCUUCAUAUCAUAGAACCCUACUCUGUUGAAGAUGGUUCUUACACUGGGGCUUUGGUUCCUCACACAAUUUCAAGCUUGAAGAACAAGAAAAUAGUUGAACUGAGGAAGUUGGCACAGAAAAUCAAGCUGACAGGGUAUUAUAAGUUACGAAAAGAGGCUCUGGUUGAAAAAAUAGCCAAAAAACUCGGCUGUUGAUUCCAUUUUGUCCAUGUUUGUGGCUAUGUUCCUUGGACAUGUUUGAUGAGUUAUGAAUGGAUCCACUGGGGUGUAAAUAGUAUCAUAACAUACUUCUUUGUCCGUAAUACCCUACACCUUGUAGUACAGGAAAGAAAGUGCGGCCAUCCCCUUUAUAGGUUUAAGUUACGGGUUUGCAUGAAAUCGUAGUUCAUAUAUUGCACAAAGAAAACAUAGAACUUUGGGACAAUGGAGCUGUUUAACUGGAAUAGGACGUCAGAUUUGCUCUAGGUUUUUGUAUACAAACUUUUGCUUUCGCAUCUGAAUACAAGAAUUGAUGAAACAACUGUCUGCUUCUUAGUGAAGGGAUAUAUUUAGUUUCUUUUCAAAGAUUUGAGUAAAUUAUGAGGUGAGAAA